CCCUCCCCCCUCUCUCCCUCACUGUCCAAACCCCAGUACACCACCCUACCCAUUAAAAUGCACACCCGCCAACCCCACCCGGUCACCCCAAACGGCGUCGCCUCCCCCCUCUCCUUCCCCGAUCCAAAGCGCGGCAAGAAGCGCGGCGGCUACAACUGCGGCCGCUGCGGCCUCCCCAAAAGAGGCCACACGUGCCACAUCCCCGCCGCCUCCACGACGCCAACCGAAUCCAACUCCAACUCCUCCUCCGCCGCCGUCGCCGCUUCCCCCGUCUCCGUCGUCAGGCCGCCGUCGCCGCCGCGCCGGAGCGCGGAGACCUACUCCGUGCUCCGGCGGGCGCUCUCGUUCGACCACAUCGACGUACGAGACUCUGUGUCUUCGGACGACGAGGAGGAGGUGGAGGAGGAGGAGGAGAGUGCGUUGGAUCCGAUUCUAUGGGAUGUUUUGAGGAGGUUGCCGCCGCCGGCGCUGUUGUCGGCGGCGAAGGUGUGUAAGGGGUGGAGGGACACGGCGAGGAGGAUUUGGAGGGCGGCGGAGGAGCUUAGGCUUAGGGUUCCGGCGAGUGCUCAGGUCGGAUCCGUCGGAUCGGUGUUGCAGAAGUGUUCGGGGCUUGUCAGGCUCUCGCUUAGAAUGGAAAGCGACGUGGAUGCAACAAUGCUGGCCUGCAUUGCAUUCUCUUGUCCCAACUUGCAAUCUAUGGAGAUCUUUACUUCUAACACUUCAACCAAUCGGAUAACUGGGGAUGAACUUUGUCGUUUUGUUGCUGAGAAAAGAUGUCUUACAAGCCUUAAGAUGGAAGGUUGUUCUAACCUUGGGGGUUUCAAUCUUUGUUCAUCAAGUAUUUCUACACUUUGGCUUUCGGACCUUCACUGUCUUUCUAAGAUGGUUUUCAACUGUCCCAAAUUGAAGGAGAUUUCACUGGAUUUUUCUCGUCAAGAAAAUGAUAACACUGAUCUUACUGCCAUGGUGGAUGGUCUGGGUAGGAGCUGCCCACGGCUACAAAAUAUACACAUUGCAUCAGUUCGACUUUCUCACGCUGCUGUGCUCGCUCUUACCGCUUCAAAUUUGAGAGGGUUGCGAAUGCUUUCUCUUGUGCUUGGAUCAGAGAUCACUGAUGCAUCUGUUGCUGCAAUUGCUUCAACCUACUCAAAGCUGGAGUUGUUAGAUCUAAGUGGGUCUACAAUCAGUGACAGUGGCAUUGGUAUGAUCUGCAAUGUGUUCCCGGAAACUCUAUCAAAGCUACUCCUUGCUCUAUGUCCCAACAUCACUUCAAGUGGAAUCCAAUUUGCUGCCGCUCAGCUACCGCUGCUUGAACUCAUGGACUGCGGGAUGACCAUCUGUGAUCCCAAUUCCCAAAGUUCAAUAUCUCCAGAAAAUGAUUGGGAGUUGCAGAACACAGCCAACAGCAAACUAAACCUUAUUUACCAAAAGCUAAUUAUCAAGCAUGGGAAGCUCAAAAAACUAAGUUUAUGGGGUUGUUCUGGCUUAGAUGCUUUAUAUUUGAACUGCCCCCAACUCGAUGAUUUGAAUCUAAACUCCUGUAGAAAUUUGCAUCCAGAGAGGUUACUACUUCAGUGCCCAAAUUUGGGUAGUGUGCAUGCGUCAGGUUGCCAAGAUAUGUUGGUCGAGACCAUUCAAAACCAGGUCCGUAGCGAAUCUGCUGCUCUGGAAAACCAUUUUACUUCUAAGAGAUCAGCUGAUGGCUCCAAGAGGGUUCGUGUCCCACAUUUUCUCAGCUAUCAGGCAUCUUAUGAUGAUAAGAAGCAAAGGAGGGUUUCGAAACGGCAGUGUACUGUGAUUGUGGAUUAGGGAAGAUUUGCCCUUCGGCAUUGUGUUGUUGCUGUAGGCACAUGGUUGCCAUUUCUUGUUUGUUGUCACUUUUUAGGUUCCAAGGGCAUGUAUCCUUGAUGGCCGAAAUAGUUUUAUUUUUCACAUGAUUGUCACAGAUUCAGAAGCUAAUUGCCUGGUGGAUGAUGCCUUCUCCUUGAUCACAUUCACGACAUUUCAUUUCUUUCUUGAAAUUCUCAGAAUUGUUCUAAUGAAUGAACAUCUGGGAGUUGUCAAUUCAUCUUUGGUGAACAUCUGCCAUUUAUGUUCAUUAAUUCCUCUGGUUUCCGAAAUAAAAACUUGACCAUCCUUUCAAGUUUCAA